CAGGAGCAGUCUGGGGAGUGAAGUGCCCCGAGCGCUCUGGGGCGCGCUAAGCGCAGGCGUAGCGGAUUGGGUGGCAGCAGCAUCAAGUAGCGGCCGUUUUUGGCAGCAGCAUCCUGCAACAGGUGUGUAGACAGGUCCCGUCUGACUCCAUCCUGGAAGCUCCUUUUGAAGAAAUGGCCCUGGUGAGGGGCGGCUGGCUGUGGAGACAGAGUUCUAUUCUUCGACGCUGGAAACGAAACUGGUUCGCCCUGUGGAUGGAUGGAACUCUGGGCUACUACCACGACGAGACUGCUCAGGACGAGGAGGACCGAGUGCUUAUCCGCUUCAAUGUUCGCAACAUAAAGAUUGGCCAAGAGUGCCACGAUGUGCAGCCGCCAGAGGGCCGGAGCCGAGAUGGCCUGCUGAUUGUGAGUCUACGGGAGGGCGGGCGCCUGCACCUGUGUGCGGAGACCCAGGAUGACGCCAUAGCGUGGAAGACGGCACUGCUGGAGGCGAAUUCCACCCCGGCCCCAGCUGGAGCCACCGUCCCUCCCAGAAGCCGCCGGGUUUGCCCCAAGGUCAGGUGUGUGAUCCGCACGUGGAACCCCUGUAAGUUUGAGAGGCGAAUCUGGGUGCGUGUCUACAGCCCGUACCAGGACUACUACGAGAUGGUGCACCCCAACGCACACGAGGCCACUUAUGUUCGCAGCUACUAUGGCCCGCCCUACGCAGGCCCCGGUGUAACGCACGUGGUAGUGCGCGAGGAUCCCUGCUACAGCGCGGGCGCCCCUCUGGCCAUGGGCAUGCUCGCGGGGGCCGCCACCGGCGCAGCGCUGGGCUCGCUCAUGUGGUCACCCUGCUGGUUCUGAGCCAGGCCUGAGACUCAGCGUGUGGACCCGGCGCAUAGAACAACUGACCUCCUUUAAACCUCCAUGACCCCACCCUCCACCCCAAGCCCUGCCCAACUUUUGCCUCUUCUCUGUUAGCCAUUCAGAGCUUGGAUCAUACCCUUCCACUCCCCCCGACCCCGGCCCCCCCGCAUCAGAAGUAGUUAUCAUCCCAGGCACAAACGUUUACUCAAAAUCCUUUUAUCUACUGCCAGACACCCCAGAAACCCGUUAGAGGCACAUAUGGGUAUGUUUUCCUCAAACGCACCAGGAUACAGAAAACAACUCAUGGGGCUUCAAGUUCCCCAAGGUGCUGGAGACACAGGAGUCAGGUUCUUCCAACAGGUGGCCCCAGGCUUGUUGGGAAAAACAGGAGUAAACACUUGACAAGGCAGCGUUAUCAGUCUUUUUGACAGCAUGAGGGCAGAGUGAGGAAGGCAGGCUAGCAAGAAGAGGCAAGAGUGCAGAGUCCUCUGUAACCAUCAUGGCAUAUCAAAGAAAUUAGAGGGGCAUUUAAUUGGGCUGGGGCAGGGGCAGGGGCAGGGGUCAGAUCAUUAUGCUCCUCCAGGUUAAGAAGGUUGGCUGAGCAAAGAAGUAGAUAUGAGCUUUUGGGCAGGGAGCUUUUAUAAUGAAUAUAUAGCCUGUUUUGUUAAGACAUACCCAAACCCCAAACACUGCAUUUAGCCCCAUCCUUCCCACUACCAGCUUACUGGGUCCCAUUCCUUCAGUGCUCAGAAAGCACCUCUUUCCCAUGUCAGGGUGCCUGGGGCAGCAAUUGAGCUGAACCAAGGGUCCCCUUGCUUGGAGGAGGGUGGCGGGGCAGGAGAGAUGUUUGGGGCUUCCACCACAGGUCUGUGUCUCCCUCAGGAAAUAUAUUUCUGCUCCCCAGAUGCUUGGCCCUGUGCCCAUAACUGCAGCUGUCACCAUCUAAGGCUUUGCAUCUCUUCCUUCACUCAGGGGAAGAGGGCAGUGUUCAUUUCUGGGGCCUGAUCCACCUUUGUCUCAGCCCAGGAGGCUUCCCAUGUGCCUCCCUGCAGGUAGCCCAGGAGUCUCCCCAUUUGGUCCCUUUCCAGGCUCCUCCCCCAGCCCAUCCGUUACCACAGAAAUGCUAACAUCCCUACCCAGUAGCUAGAGUAGCCUGCUAAAGUUCCCCUGUAUAUAGGGGCUCCAGUGGCCCUGCUGCGGAGACUAAUAAAGGUGUG